CGGGGAUCGGCCAGCCCUGCGGGUGGGCCCAGCAGGCGCUGCGUCCCGGCGCGUUGGCAGUUGGCGACCCCCCUCGACUCCCCCUCUGCCGCGGGCUCCCUGUGGCCUUUGGAGGCUCGGCGAGUCGGCUCCAAAUGUUUUCCAUAUUUGUUCAGCCUCCGUAAUUCGAAUACCAGGGCAGGCUCAGCCCGCCCAGCGCCGCGCUCCGGGGCCCAGCGCGCCGCACACGCACCCACCCACCCACGCAGCGGCCAUGGGCAAGGACAAGCAGCCCCGCGGCCAGCACAGGCAGGGGGGGCCAGCCGCGGACGCCGCCGGGCCAGACGACAUGGGGCCGAAGACGGGCAAAGGGGCCCCCAAGGAGCGCGGGGAGGAGGAGGCCCGGACGUGCUGCGGCUGCCGGUUCCCGCUGCUGCUCGCGCUGCUGCAGCUGGCCCUGGGCAUCGCCGUGACCGUGGUGGGCUUUCUCAUGGCGAGCAUCAGCUCCUCCCUGCUAGUCAGAGACACUCCAUUUUGGGCUGGGAUCAUUGUCUGCUUAGUGGCCUAUCUUGGUUUGUUUAUGCUUUGUGUAUCAUAUCAAGUUGACGAACGGACAUGUAUCCAGUUUGCUAUGAAACUGUUGUACUUUCUGCUGAGCGCCGUGGGCUUGACGGUCUGCGUGCUGGCCGUGGCCUUUGCUGCGCACCACUACUCGCAGCUCACCCAGUUUUCCUGCGGAACGGCUCUGGACGCCUGCCACUGCAAGCUGCCCUCCGUGGAGCCCCUCAGCAGGACCUUUGUGUACAGGGAUGUGACAGAUUGUACCAGCAUCACGGGCACUUUCAAACUGUUCUUACUCAUCCAGAUGAUUCUUAACUUGGUCUGCGGCCUCGUGUGCUUGCUGGCCUGCUUUGUGAUGUGGAAACACAGGUACCAGGUUUUUUAUGUGGGUGUAAGAAUGUGCUCCCUCAUGGCUUCCGAAGGUCAGCAGCAAAAGGCCUAACGUUCUUGCUCACAGGUGCGAGAGGAAGCAGCCCACUGACUAGCUGAGGUCAAAAAAGAGAAAGAGGAGGAAGAAAGAAAGAGAAAAAAAAAACAAACCCAAAACCAAACACCAACUUUUGACAGUAACUAAUAGUCACUGUUCUAAAUGAAUGUUUUUGUAUUUUUCACGAAAUAAAAACAUCUUUUCAGGUUUCUAUAGUAUUUUUAAAAACUCUUAGAAAAUAAGAUCCAAACUGACUUUGGGACAUUCAAAGAACUCAGAACAGAGAAAGAACGGCACACAUCGCUCCUUGCCGUCUGGUGUUUAUUCCUCAUAUAGAUUUCCCCCGCUUUCUGAAAAUGGAGCAUUCCCAUGAAAACUUUAGUAAACCGAAAUGGUGUAAAGUGAAGAAGCUAUUUCCUAGAAGCAGAAAUCUUCAGCUUUCUUUCGGUUAGCGAAAACUUGUACUCAUGUAGCUAUUUUCCGAGAGUGGGGAAACCUGUCCUCAUUUUAUUCAUCAUUUGUAUAAUCUUCUUUCCUGGGAGUUCAGUUUAUAGUGUGGAUUGGCAUUUUAGGCCCACUUGCUAAAUUUUGCCGUCUUUUCUAGAACUUCCCACCUUCCCCCAUUAUCUCCACUAAGUCUUGGAGAAAGGCAGGGGGUUGGAGGAGAGCUGAACGGCCAGGUUGAGUUUCUCUAUUUUCCCUGGUAGAGAUGUCUUCAAGGCAUGAAACAGCUUGAAGGAGCAGAGUAGAAAAGGAAGAGACUUUGCAAAGGCUAAAUAAUUACAAACACCUGGGCUGGGGCCGAGGCCUUUUUCUCCGCAGCCCCCUUAGUUCGGCUCUGCAAGUGGGUCCCUUACUAAAUGCUUUGGAUGAUUGUCUGCUUCUCAAUAAUUGAAAGUUGGUGGUAGUUGUAUUCUUAAUGACGUAGAAGGCUCAAAAAUAAUUACAUUAUGCUUCUAUUCUAUCAUCUAAAACAAAUCAUUAAAACUAACUUCUGCCUAAUUGUUAAUUAUAAUUACGCUCCGAAGCCUACUUAAUGAGCCCUGGCUGUACUUACGUAGCACCAUCAGAGAAAUUACUCUCACAAGAGAGGAGGCUUAAAGAUUCUUUCUUCUGAAAGCCAAGCUUUACAAGGGAGAAGAGAAAUUUUUUUUUAUUAAUAGCUCAGGUUAAAAAUAGUCAUUUCAACAAAAACAAGAGCAUUUGUAAUGGGCAAUGUUUGUACAAACAGCACAUUUGUGAUAUGUUGUGAAGUAUCUCUCUUGGCAGCUAGGUCCUUUUGAGGAAGAUUGGGAAUGCCGAUGUGUUCCAUUCAUAAAAGUGUAUCUGAUAGGUAAUCCUGUUGUUGACUUGUGUCCACAGUCCACCUAGAGACUUCAACUCCUGUUCUGAAGUCCUGAUUUGAGCAUCUGCCUGUUGACUUGGAAGGUAGUUUUUAUUUUAAGUUACCGCAACUUAAAAAAAAAAAAAGCACAAGCACCCUAUGGUGGGAAUCUUUUCUCUCUUACCAAGUUCUGCACAAUAUCCAUGUUUUAAGGAGGGAGCUCAGAAUGCAAAUUCAUGCAGCAUAAAUGUUAUCUAGAUCUUUCUCUACUAGCAUGCUCUAUUGAAAUCAGAGAUUCAAGAUAAUAAUGGAGAUGAAUUUGCCUCUCCACAUUGCCUAUUGAUAGACUCCGCUAGUCAUGAAAUUCAAGCCUAAAAGAAAAGCGUUUUCUUGUUUGCCUUAGAAGAUAGUCGAACAAUCCCAUUGAUUGCGACAGUAGUGUCAAUUUCUACACAAUAUAAAUAUCCAAGUAAAAAGAAAAACAUUAAGUCAGUUAGUUGGAGGAUUGUAAAUAGCUUUUAUGUCCUCCAGAUAAAACACCUGAUUAACAGAUGUGAAAACCUUUUUUAUGUAUUGACUUGCUUUAAAAAGGGCCUUCCUACACACAAGCUCAGGCCAAGAAUUCACAUUGGAGGGAUUAGUGGAAAAGACUCUGGGGCAGAGGUUUGAUCACACACAGAAACUACAGCGAGAGAACGCCAGCAUCCUGAUGAUGACCUGAAGAAUGCUCUGUGCGCUGUUUAAAAAAAUAAUACCGAUAACUGAGUCCAUUCUGAUUUGGACAGUUUCCUACGUAGAGAAGAAGAUGGCCACGAAUCUGAAAUAUUGUAGCUGUUCUGUAAAGAGUGAGAAGCUCAUGAUUUCAUGCUAAUUGCUGUGAAUCAGGCACCACUGGAAGCACACCCUGACUUCCUUCAACAACUUUUUAUAGCGAACACUACUGGUUUUAUAUUAGAAAAAUUAAAAUUCUACACAUCACCAAGGUGCUCAAUGCUUUACAAAUGAUUCACAGGGUAUUUCAAAUGGUAGAAUAACUUUAGCUUAUGUGCUUUCUUUUUCCAAAUGAUGCCACCAGGCAGGACUUACGUAAGUUUGAUAAUAAUCAGGAGAUAUAUACACAUAUACAUUACACACACACACACACACACACACACA